GCGGACGCACACGCCUGUUUGCCGAUUGGGUGUUCCACCGGUGUGUGCCCGUACUAAAGGACGUCGUUGAUGUGAAAGUUGAUUUUAAUUUCUGUUUCGAGUUUGUCUAGAAACACAAGGUUGAUCAUCUAAGCCUCCAUCAUGGAUGGUGGGAAGAAGGUGUGGGUCCCACAUCCCAUCGAUGGCUUCAAGCUUGGGCGGAUUGUGGACAUCGGCUCAGACUCCAUAACCAUCCAGCCCUUUGAUGCCCCAAACACUACGAUCAAUGCCAUUUAUGACCGAACAUUUCCGGCUGAAGAAUAUGACAACAAAGAUUGUGACGACAACUGUGCUCUUAUGUACUUGAACGAAGCCACUUUGCUGAACAACAUCAGAAUCAGAUACAUGAAGAACCAGAUUUAUACGUACACUGCCAACAUCUUGAUAGCCAUCAACCCUUACUAUGAGAUCCCUGACCUGUACACCCCCAGCACCAUUCAGAAAUACAGAGGAAAGUCCCUGGGAACAGUGCCGCCACAUGUCUUUGCCAUUGCUGACAAAGCAUACAGAGACAUGAAAGUGACGAAAGUGAGCCAGUCCAUUAUUGUCAGUGGGGAAUCAGGAGCCGGGAAAACAGAGUCGACUAAAUACAUUUUGAAAUAUCUGACUGAAUGUUGGGGGACCCAUGCUGGUCCCAUUGAGCAGCGUAUCCUGGAGUCAAACCCCUUGCUGGAAGCUUUUGGAAAUGCCAAGACUGUCCGAAACAACAACAGCAGUCGAUUCGGAAAGUUUGUGGAGAUACAUUUUGAUAACAAGAAUUCUGUUUGUGGUGGAUUUAUUUCCCAUUAUCUCUUGGAAAAAUCACGUAUCUGCACUCAGACCAAGGAGGAAAGAAAUUAUCACAUUUUCUACAGACUCUGUGCCGGGGCUCCAGAAGAUUUGAGGCAGAAAUUAAAACUGGGGUCACCUGACCAGUUUCAGUACUUGAAGUUUGGAUGCACUCAGUACUUUUGUGGGCGGGAAUCGGACAAGGCAAUGAACCAGAAUCGGAAAAGCCAACAGUACUUGAAGAUGGGCAGUCUGCACGACCCGGUGAUUGAUGAUGUGAAGAACUUCAAGGUGUGUGAUGAAGCCAUGGCCAAGAUGGGCCUGUCUCCGGGUGACCGCCAGCUUGUGUACCAGCUAGUGGCGGCUGUCCUGCACCUGGGAAAUGUGGCAUUUGAAGACAACACCGAAGACUCUAAAGGUGGCUGCAAGGUGUCGAGUUCAGCCGAAGAAUCUCUGGAAAUAGUUUCCAGGCUGAUUGACGUUGACAAGCAGGAGCUGCGAGAUUCUCUGACAAGUCGAGUGAUGCAGGCGACUAGGGGUGGAACUAAGGGCACGGCUAUCAAGGUUCCUCUGAAAACCUUUGAAGCUGCAAGUGCCCGAGAUGCCCUGGCCAAGGCCCUGUACUCCAAGUUGUUUGACUACAUUGUAAACCAAGUGAACCAGUCCAUUCCUUUCACAUCAUCGGCAAACUACAUUGGAGUUCUUGACAUUGCUGGUUUUGAGUAUUUCCAAGUGAAUAGUUUUGAACAGUUCUGCAUCAACUAUUGUAAUGAAAAGCUGCAGCAGUUCUUCAAUGAAAGGAUCCUUAAAGAGGAACAAAUCCUGUAUGAGAAGGAAGGGCUGAAUGUGAAGAAGAUUAACUGGACAGAUAAUCAAGAUUGCAUCGAACUGAUAGAGACGAAGAGUUCUGGGAUCUUCGAUCUGCUGGAUGAAGAAAGCAAGCUGCCAACCCCGAGUAAUGACCACUUCACCCAGGAAGUACACACACGCAACAAAAACCACUUCAGACUGAGUGUGCCAAGAAAGUCCAAACUGAAGUUCCACCGAGAUGUACGAGACACUGAAGGUUUCCUCAUCAAACAUUUUGCUGGAGCUGUCUGCUAUCACACGAACAAGUUCCUGGACAAGAACAACGAUGCCCUCCAUGCAUCCCUGCAGUUUCUCGUGAUGGACAGCAAGAACAAACUGGUCCAGAAGCUGUUUGAGGGCAUGGAGACAACAGCUGGAAAAUUGGCGUUCAUUAGUGUUGGAAGCAAAUUCCGCAAGCAGCUUGUUGUCCUCAUGAACAAGCUAAAGAGCACGGGCACCAACUUUAUCCGGUGUAUCAAGCCCAAUGGGAAGAUGACCGCUCAUCAGUUUGAGGGAGGCCAGAUUCUGAGUCAGCUGCAGUGUGCAGGCAUGAUAUCUGUGCUGGAUUUGAUGCAGCAAGGAUUCCCAAGUCGGACCCAGUUUUCUGAACUGUACAACAUGUACAAGAGGUACCUGCCACCAGAGCUCUCACGCCUUGACCCAAGACUUUUCUGCAAGUCACUGUUCAAAGCUCUUGGACUCAAUGAAAAUGACUUCAAGUUUGGUCUGACCAAAGUGUUUUUCCGCCCGGGGAAGUUUGCCGAGUUUGAUCAGAUUAUGAAAAGUGAUCCGGAAAAUCUGGCAGAACUCGUCAAGAAAGUCAAACGUUGGUUGCUCUGUUCUCGCUGGAAGAAAGCACAGUGGUGUACACUGUCUGUUAUUAAAUUAAAGAACAAAAUUGCAUUUAGAGGUGAAAUGCUUAUUCGCAUACAGAAGACAGUUCGCAUGUGGAAACUGGCACGCAGAUUCAAACCAAAGAUGGAGACCCUUGGUAAACUGAAGGCAUCAUCAACCCAGCUCAGUAUGAUGGAACAGAUUGUCGGCCAGCUGAAGAAAGAGAAAGAUGUGGCCAUGAAGCAAGUCAAAGAUCUGGAGAAUUCUCUGCAUGCACUUGUACAGAAAAUCAGGAGCACCAACAUGACUCGUGAACAGCUGAACCAGUGUCACAACCAGUUCAUAUCCAACAUGGACCAGGUGCUCGGCAACCUGAAGAAGAAACUAGAAAACCAGAAGAAUGCAGAGGAACAAGAGAGACUACGGAAAAUUGAGGAAGAACGAGAAAGAGAAAGAAAGAGGAAAGAAGAGGAAGAAAGGAAGAGGAGAGAGGAAGAAGAACAAAGAAAACUUAAAGCUGAGAUGGAGAAGAAGAGGAAGAAGGAGGAGGAAGAGAAGAGGAAACAGGAAGAGGCUGACAGGAAGGCAGCGGAAGAACUAGAGAAGCAGUUGGCUGAAGAAUCCAAAGCUAAUGCCCAAAGACAACAAAUGUUGGAACAGGAGCACCGAGAUCGUGAGCUGGCUUUACGUCUGGCCGCCGAGGACCAGACCGAGGUCGAGGACAUAACUCUUCCACCUCCACUGAAGAGAUCAGAAGCGGUGCAGACAUUACGACAACAACUUUCUGCCAAGAAAUUUGACCUUCAGAAAUGGAAAUAUGCAGAACUUAGAGAUGCAAUCAAUACUUCAUGUGAUCUAGAACUUUUGGAUGCUUGCCGAGAUGAAUUCCAUCGUCGAUUGAAGGUUUACCAUGCCUGGAAGUCUAAAAACAAGAAGCGAACAGAUAAAGAUUCGGACCAGAGAGCGCCCAAGGAACUUGUUGAAAAUGAAUCUUCUAGGUCUGCAGAAAACAGCUUGCAGAAACAACUCAAGGACCAGCCGGACAAUGCCGAACAGCGAUACUUCAACAUCCCAUUCUCACGCCCCGCCGACGAGUACAGGGAAGAGAGUGGGACCAAGAGUCACGGUCAGUGGUACGCCCACUUUGACGGCAGGUGGAUAGCGCGACAGAUGGAAAUCUACCCAGGGAAAACUCCCAUCCUACUGAUAGCAGGAAAUGACGACAUGCAGAUGUGUGAGCUGUCGAUUGAUGAGACUGGAUUAACCAAAAGGCGUGGAGCCGAAAUCCUUGAAAAUGAGUUUGAGGAUGAAUGGGAAAAACAUGGUGGAGCAGCACUGUUAAAGAAGAAUGCCAGCAAAAUAUCAUCGAAAUUUCUUCAAAAGAAGCUAGGCAUAGCCAAAUGAUAAAAAUGUCUUAUAUUUAUGUAAAUGUCAUUAACAUUUGCCAUCGUGGACUUUAUUAAUUUUUAAAAUGUUGUCUGCUUUGCUAAUUGUGUCGGAUUACUGAACUUAUUUAUUGUCUAAUGAGUAAAAUGAUGAGUGAAUAAAGUUACAGGCAAAAUUGUCUGUAAUUUAGAUCAUGCCAUUGAUUUGCAACAUGCGGUCUUUAGAAUUAAUUGCAAUACUAUAGAUAAAAAGUAAUAAUUAAAAUUAAUGCAUUCGUAUGGAGAUGGGUUUAUAUCUGAAGUGGAUUUUAUAUAUUGGUGUCCUUAAUAACAGUAGGUUCAGCUAUAUAUGAUUGAUGCUUUAUUAUGAUGCAAGCUCAGACCUGUCAACCUUUAGUCAAGAGAAAGCAGGAGGUGUGUGUUGAAAAAGCAGGAGAUUUUGUCAAAAAGCAGGAGAUUUUUUAAAUUCACACAAUUUAACCCAAAAUCGCAAGAUUUAAA